AUGGCUGCAAACAUCGUGCCAGACGAGCCAGGCCAACCACCCAAACUGACCCAAGAUACUCUUGCUAAUGGCGCACCAAAGAAAAUUGCAGCAGACCAGGUGGUAAACCCAUUCGAGGUAUCGGGGGGAGUGGACGAGGCAGGCAAAGCCUUGGCAAUUGACUUUGACAAGAUCGUCCGAGACUUUGGUGCCACUCCAAUGUCUCCUGAGAUCCUGCAGAGAUUCGAGAGAGUAACAGGAAAGACACCUCACAGACUAAUGCGAAGAGGCAUGGUUUCAUCGCAUAGAGACCUGGACAAGAUGUUGGACAGGUACGAGAAAGGGGAGCCGUUUUACUUGUAUACUGGCCGAGGUCCUUCUUCUGACUCAAUGCAUGUGGGACAUGCCAUGCCGUUCGAACUAACUCGCUUCCUGCAAGAAGCAUUUGACUGUCCACUGGUGAUAAUGUUGACUGACGACGAGAAAUUCAUGCAUAGUGAAAAGAUCACAAUUGAAGAUGCGAAGAGAUAUUCUCUCGAGAACUCAAAAGACAUUAUUGCCAUGGGCUUCGACCCGAAGAAAACCUUCAUCUUCUCGGAUUUCGAAUUCGUAUCGGGCGCUUUUUACGAGAACAUCUGCAUGAUAGCCAAACACAUCACCAUUAAUCAGAUCAAGGGCACAUUCGGUUUUGACGACUCGACCAAUAUUGGCAAAUUCCACUUCCCAGCGACACAAUCCGCGACCGCAUAUGCCACCUCUUUUCCUCACAUAUUCGGUCCGGACAAGCUGAAGACCCGCAACAUACCCUGCCUCAUUCCAUGCGCCAUCGACCAAGAUCCGUACUUCAGACAGUGCCGAGACCGAGCCGAGAAGAUGAAACACAAGAAACCAGCUCUACUCCACAUGAUCUUUCUUCCAGCGCUGCAAGGUCCAGGCUCGAAGAUGUCGGCUUCAGUGAAUACCUCUGCUAUAUUCUUGUCCGAUAAGCCGAACGAGAUCAAAAACAAAGUUAACAAGUACGCUUUCUCUGGCGGUCAAGAUACAGCCGAGAAGCAGAGAGAACUUGGUGGACGCACAGAAGUGGACGUGCCUUAUCAGUAUUUGACAUUCUUCCUGGAAGACGAUACAGAGCUCGAACGCAUAAAACAAGACUACGAGUCGGGCAAGAUGAUGACGGGUGAAAUCAAAGCCAUAUGCAUAAAAUACCUGCAAGAGUUUGUUGCGAAAUUCCAGGAACGAAGAAAGCAGGGCAAGACGGCAGAAGAGGUGAUGAAUGAACUUGAAGAGAGGAAGAAGCUUGAAAAGGCGAUGAAGAAGGCGCAGAUAAGUGGUGACAAGACUGCCAAUGCUGCUGCUUAG